UAAUGAAGAGAGAGGGAGGAAUCCAUCAAUCUAUGGAACAUGGCCAAAUUGGGGAUGGUGCUUUUAUGUGUUUUGAGUUAGUAUCUGGAGGUGAAAUUGGCAGUUAAAGUUGCUAUCAUAUCAGAAAUGUUAGUCAAAACCCCUCUACUACAGUGAAAGAGAGGACAGACAAAAGCAUAUGAGAGAGAGAGAGAGAUAUAGAGGGAGAAGGGGAGGGGGGGGAAAUGACAUAUUGUAAAACCCAGAGUAAAAAUUUGACAUUUGGGGUGUGCUUUGGGAUUUCAAUAUUAUAAUAAUAGUUUGUCUUCACAUUCCUUGCCAAAAACAGUGAAAACUCAUGCAAGUCUAGGACUUUUCAGGUCUCCUUCUUCAAUCAAAGAGGACUCCUUUUUUUUUUUUGUUUUUUGUUUUUAGCCUUUCUUUUACUUUGCCCCCACCCCAGCACCCUUUUACCUGUUCAUGGAUCCCAAGGGCUCCAAGCAGCCUCCACAGGAAGUACCAAACUUCUUGAGCCUGCCGCCACAACCCCAACAACACCACCAACAUCCACAACCCCAACAACAGCAGCAACAGCCUCAAAACAUGGGUGAGAACAAACCAGCUGAAAUCAAGGAUUUCCAGAUUGUUAUUGCAGAUAAAGAAGAAGGGAAGAAACAACAGCUGGCCCCAAAAAGAAGUUCUAACAAAGACAGGCAUACCAAAGUUGAAGGAAGAGGUAGAAGGAUAAGGAUGCCUGCUUUAUGUGCAGCUAGAAUCUUUCAGUUGACCAGGGAAUUGGGUCACAAAUCUGAUGGGGAAACAAUACAGUGGCUGUUACAACAAGCUGAACCAUCAAUAAUAGCCGCCACAGGAAGUGGAACAAUACCAGCGUCAGCUUUGGCAGCAGCUGGAGGCUCAGUUUCACAGCAAGGAGCCUCUCUAUCGGCCGGGUUGCACCAAAAGAUGGAAGAUUUAGGGGGGUCCAGUAUAGGGUCAGGGAGCAGUAGGACCAGUUGGGCAAUGGUUGGUGGCAAUUUGGGGAGACCCCAUCAUGUGGCAACAGGGUUAUGGCCCCCAGUCAGUGGUUAUGGGUUUCAGUCAUCAUCUGGUCCAUCUACAACAAAUUUAGGCAGUGAAAGUUCUAAUUAUCUGCAAAAGAUUGGGUUUCCUGGUUUUGACUUGCCAGCUACUAACAUGGGUCAGAUGAGUUUCACCUCAAUCUUGGGUGGGGCUAGCCAGCAGCUCCCUGGUUUGGAACUUGGCUUGUCUCAAGAUGGUCAUAUUGGGCUUCUAAAUCCUCAAGCUUUGAGCCAGAUUUAUCAGCAGAUGGGGCAGGCUAGGGUGCACCAGCAACAGCAGCAGCACCAGCAGCAGCACCAGCAACAACCCCCUGCUAAGGAUGAUUCCCAAGGAUCAGGCCAGUAAAAUUAUAAACUUUGGCAGCAAGACUAAAAAAAAGUAGCAUUCAUGGGAGAGGAUGGCUUUUUUCUUGUUAUGGUUUCGGUAUUGUAUAAUUGGGAAAACAAAAAAAAAAGUGAGAAAAAUGGAUACUUUGCCUCUCAGAAUUCUAUAGGGACUGGAUGGAUUUUAUUGUGCCCCCUUCUUCUUUCUGCACUGCAUCACCCGAGUCUCCAUUACAAAGGUGGAGCUUUGCACAGCCUAGUAGCUUGGGAACUUCUUGUUUGAUUCAGAGGUGUGUUGAUUAUGAUGUAAGGCAAAUUUAAUUGUUUUCUUCUUCUCUAGGUCUGGAUGGAGUGGCAAUCGGUUUGUUUGUGAAAUUAAACAUAGAAUUUUACAGUCAUACAUGUCCAGUUUCUUGUUAGAUCAAGUAAGAAUUCUUAUUUCUCUAAAAGAAUAUAUUUGUGCACAUACAGGGCCAAUUAUUGAUAA